UAUAUAUUUUUGUUUAAACGUCUAAAUUAAUAGUUUGUAUUAGGCAAUUGUAGCAGUAAUGUUGUAAUAUCAAUAUUAAAUAUUCUAUCAAAUGAAAUGGUACAACAUGUCUUCAUUAAAAUCAUUGGUAUUUCUUUUUUGCCUAUUAAGCAUAAAAGGAAUGGAUGUUGUAUUACGGAUGUCACAACAAGUGGUUAACGAAUUUCAACCUUUGACGCUGAUUUGCGAUCUAGUGGUGCUGCAUCCAUUUUUAAGGAUACACUGGAUCAGCAACGGAAAAACUGAAUUACGCAUGGGACGUUACUGCUCAUCGGAAAUUGAUUCCACAAAGGACUACAACAUGAGUUGUCGAACGCAUCGGCAAUAUAACUUGACUAUCAACAACGUUACUAGGAAGAAUCAUGGUGAUAUAUGGUACUGCAGUGAAGAUCAUUUCUUGGAAGCCCAAAGCAACGAUGUAAAAGUUAAAGUCAAAGUUCCUAUUUCCAACAUCAGUCUAUUUACUGAGAAACAACUCGUUACAGUAUCUGUAAAAGUAAGUGCGUUAGUUCAAUGUUUGUGUCACGGAGGGAUUCCGGCUGGACAAAUCACGUGGUUUUAUGACAAAGGAACACCGGAUGACGUCAGUGAUGAUGUCAUUCUAACAGAGACGAAAAAUGAAACAAUCACACAAUUGGAUAACACAGUAACAACACAGAGUUACGUGGCCAUCAAAGCAGUCACAGCGCUUAUUGGAACUUCAUUAUACUGCAAAGCCACCAAUGAUAAUGUCCACUGGCAUAUCAGUAAUGGCACACUCAUUGCCGUUUUAUUUUUACCAUCUUUUGUCGAAGUAACGCACCCACGUACACAGUUUGUAACUGCUUACGAAGACAAAAUCGUUUACUUUGAAUGCGUUACGUCACCUGGAUAUCCUGCGUCAUCUAUCACAUGGUAUAAACUGACCAAUGGAAGUGAGGUCAUUACAAGCGCAGACGCUUCUUUAACUACAGAGAUGAAGGACAGGACAAUCGUAACAAGAAGUUGGGUAUCACUAUCAUUCAGUAUUUCAGACGAUUGGACAUUCGUGUACUGCACAGCAAAUAACUCUGCUGAAACGUUGACUUCGAGAAAUCGAGCUGCUGUUCAUGUUCAUCAAAUAACAGAUUCCACCUUAGCAAAGGUUGCGAUCGGGCUGUCAUCUAUAACUAGAACAGCAUUAGUCUUUUUUAUUCUCGGAUGUUUUAUAUUCAUGAAACUGCGUUCAUCCAAAGCCAAUCCACGAGAGAAUGCACAUGAUUCAGAACACGUGAAUCAAGCAAACGACCAAGGAAAUGACAACCCCAGUUGCAGAGUUAAUUUUAAGGCCAGCGCAGAAAACAGCAGCUAUUCGAUGUUACAAAUGUAUCAGACCACAACGCUAAGAGAGCCAUACGAACCUCUGCAGAUGGCGAGAGAUUUUUAAGCAUGUACUUUGUAGCCAUUGCUUUUAGUUGUUCAAAUGUGUUGCAAACAUAUGUGUGUUCAGCUUCACUAUGUUUCAUGGUGAAACUUUUUCAACAAAUUCUGAAUCUUCCUCAGUUUCAGUUUUUUAUUAAACAAACUAAGCCCAUAUUGUAUUAGUUGUAAAGUAAUGCAAUAUAUUAUAUAAAUUUUGGUUUACAUAUAUAGAAAGAUGGAAAUAAUUUACGCGUUGGACACGUUUUAUCACAAAAACAGACGAUUUCAAAAAGAUUUCUGAAAGAUUAGGAUUUUAAAUAAUUUAUUAAAAUUUAGUGUAUGCAUACGUGAGAGGAAAUGAGAAUUGUAUUUGUUUCAAUCAACACAUGGAAAACAUAAUGAUAGCGAUAUCCCAAGAAUUGUAUAUUGUUGGAAAGGGCUCUCAUAAGUUGUUCAUCUUCUCCAGCCCAAUUCUUUAAAUAAUUAUAUUGUAUUCUAUUGCAUAUAUUUGCUGUUUUGAAAUAAAAUAUGUUUAAAACACGAAACGGACUUUGAAUACGAGUAUUUGGGUGUAAUUGUCAUCUAUUCUCCUUGAGUAAUUCAUCAUGUAUCAAUAAACGGAUAUUGUAAAAUAUAUAAAUGAUAUGUAUAUAGCGGUAGAUUAUUUCUUGUUACUCAAGUUGGUUGUCAUGUU